CAGAAUUAUCAGAGAAGAUGACGAAUUUGAAAACUGCAGGUAGAUCAAGAAUGCUAAAUCGUGAAUUUGAAAAAUCAGACAAAUUCCCGAAAAGAGUUAUAGUGUUUCUUGUUGUGAUGUGCUUUAUCACACUGGGGAUAACAAUCGGUCUGGCGUUCAUACCUAAGAAAGAAUAUCAAUUACUGAUUGCACUUUUAUAUCUCGUAUCGGCGAUUAUUGAAGUCGUGGUAGUUUGUGUGCUGAUGAUAUACGACAGAAUAAGAAACCGAUUUCCUGCGAAUUUCUUUUUGGCGCUUUUACAUUCCGCUUGCCUGACCGCAUUAACAGAAUUCGGAUUCAUUGGGAAAGACUACAAACUGGUACUCAUUGUGAUGGCAAUAGCUGUUGUGCUCUACAUCAUAUGCAUAUCGAUAGGUGCGACCAUGCGAAGUGAACUUCAAUUAUUUUCCCCGAGAAUACUGACAGGCUAUGUUGUCUUGGCAAUCGUAAUCGCUGUCGCUACACUUGCAGUCCGCUUUUCUACCAGAAAGUGUCAAUGGUCAUUGCCUAUUCUUGCCGCGGGUAUGACUGUUAUAUUGAUUCCUUUCGCCUUAUUCAUGGGUCAGAUUACACUUGGCCUACGUGAAUUCAGAGGAUUCGAUCCAGAUUACUGUACGGCUUCAAUGGCUGCACAUGUGAUUCUUCUCCUUUUUCUGGUUAUGGUCAGCAUUGGAAUCAUGUGUCCAGAGGAAAAAGUUUAACAGACGUUAGGCUUGCUUCAACCGAUCGCGUGCUUUUCAAAGUAGAUUCAAUACAGUACGAAUAUACACACUUUACUUUAGUUUCCAAACACUUUUUAUACUACCAUGUUCAUAACUUGCAACUGAAAUGAAUAAACACAUUUUUGU